AUCUGACAUUCAAUAUAAAUGACAGAAGUAGAAUAUUAUUUAUAAAAAAAAAUUAUUUUAGUGGUAAAAAAGGGAGGAAUUCGAUUUUUUUUUCGUUUUUUAUUUGUUUUUUAAAAAGAGCGUAAGAUUGAGAUACGAUAAAAAUCAGAAUCAGAAUGCAUUUAAACGCUGAUAUAUCCAGUGCAUUACAAUUGUUACACAAUAUCAAACAAGUUGUGGAUGAUUUAGAUGAUCCAAAAUUAUUAACAAACACAUAUCAAGAUAUGGAUCUGUUGAUAUCAACGUUAGAGAAUCCAAUAUUCCGUGGCAUCAUCACUGUGCAAGAUUCGUUGAGUGAAUUAAGUCAAGAGUUAAUACAGCAUCCUUCAAUAUUACCUGUUGACUUUGAUAUUACUACAUCAGGUGAAUUGGUAUUGAAUGUACCGUCAUCAGUGGAUCUAUACGAUCCAUCUCAUUAUCAUGAUCGGAACGGAAGUGCUCGAAGCAGUUGUUUAUUGGACACACAAGGUAGUGGACUCCUUGGAGUAGGAGUAGGAGUGGAUCGAACGUUGGAUCGUAACGAUGAACAACGGGUGCCAUCUGCACAACUAUCACCUGGCAGUCCUCAGCCACCAAUACUUAGCACAUUCACUAGUCACAGUCACAGUCACAAUCACAUGAUACCAUUAUCACCUACAACUGGUGUCACACCAAAUGGUCCUAUUGAUCAUCAAGGUAACAUCAUUUUGGGACGUACGGUAACUACUGGACAGACGGCUUCCACGCUUUCAAACAAUGUGAUUACAGCAACUGAACUUCAGCAUCAGCAUCAGCAUCAGGCACUUAGCUUACAAAAAUCAAGGGGAUUAGUUGAAUUAGUGGUGACAAGAAAUUUGAAUCAAAGUGGUGGAGGCGGUGGUACGAAUCCAAGUGUAGAGGAUGAAGACACAGUACAUCGAUCACCGUCAGCUGUCAGUGACACAUCGAAGGCCAGUUCUGAUUGUUUACUAAAUUCAGAAUGGGCUCAAAUGACGUGCUUGUUUCAGGUUGAAGCAAUAGAAUUAAUAAAUGAUGGAACAGGUCUUGGCUUUGGUAUUAUUGGUGGACGCACUAUGGGUGUCGUUGUUAAAACAAUAUUGCCUGGUGGUGUUGCGGACAGAGAUGGUCGCUUAAAAAGUGGCGAUCAUAUAUUACAAAUUGGUGAUGUGAAUUUACAUGAAAUGGGUUCAGAACAAGUGGCAACUGUUUUACGUCAAUCAGGUACACGUGUAAAAUUAGUUGUGGCACGACCAGCGGAACCACCUCAUCCACAAAUCGUGCCAACACGACUGCUAAACAAUCCGACGGAUAUCGAUCGAUAUUUGAUGCAACAAGGCUACUCAGAAGUGUUCAAUAAAACUUUCCAAUUACCUCAUUAUGAUAAUGCAUCAACUGCUGCUGUUGUCAACUGUUCUGUUGCCACUGCUUCUGUUGUUGUACAAAGAUUACCUGGUUCACCGUCUUCCAAACGAUUAAAUCUAGAUCUUAAUUUACCUGUCAACGAAAUGGAAAAGUUUGUUAUUGAAUUGAAGAAAGAUGCUAACGGUCUUGGUAUUACCAUCGCAGGUUACGUAUGUGAAAAAGAAGAAUUAUCGGGAAUAUUUGUAAAAAGUAUAAGUGCUGGAAGUGCAGCUGAUUUAAGUGGAAAAAUCCAAGUAAAUGAUCGAAUUGUGGCUGUGGACGGACGUUCCUUGCAAGGAUAUACAAACCACGAAGCUGUCGAAGUACUACGCAGUAGUGGCAACACUGUUACCCUUUGCUUAGAACGCUAUUUACGUGGCCCCAAAUACGAACAACUUCAAAUGGCAAUUGCAGCAAAUGAAAUGAAAUUACCAGCAACACCUUCACUGGAGCCACCCACUCCCAGUUUGCAUCGUCCACGUUAUUCGUCCACAUCACUGGAUGAUCCAAACGAUACGGAUGAUCCAAAUCCAAUUUUGGAACAGUUACGACCAAUUGAAGCAAGUAAUCUACAUGUGAUCGCCAAUCAUAAUACAACAAAUGACAAUCAACCGCCUAUACAUCGAUUACAAAUCCAAACCCCUUUAACGUCCACCCAAGAACAAGCGCUUAUCACCAAAUGGAAGAAUAUUGUGGGCGACGAUACAGAAAUUGUUAUUGCUGAGUUACGUAAAUUUGGUGAAUCCGGGGGCUUAGGGAUCAGUCUUGAGGGUACUGUGGAUGUCGAGGAUGGCCGAGAAGUACGUCCACAUCAUUACAUUCGAUCAAUACUUCCAGAAGGUCCUGUAGGACGUGAUGGAACACUGAUGUCUGGAGACGAAUUAUUAGAAGUAAAUGGAUGCCGUUUAUUAGGAAUGAAUCAUAUGGAAGUGGUGAGUAUUUUAAAAGAACUGCCAGUAAACGUCCGAAUGGUAUGCGGACGAUCUCCACGAGCCAAAGCAGUUGCAGGCGUUGCAGGUGUACAAGGUCGUACAAGCAGUCUACAAGAUUUACUUCCAACAACGGAUCGUUUAGUCAAAGCCAAAUCCGAUGGAUCCUUAGCCACAUCAAUUCCAGGAACCGAUGGUUUAUUAAGUAAAAUGCGUUCACGUUCUCUGGAACCUUUAACAGGUCUAGCUAUGUGGAGUUCCGAGCCACAAGUCAUUGAACUAAUUAAAGGUGAACGUGGCCUUGGAUUUUCCAUUCUGGAUUAUCAAGAUCCAAUCGAUCCAAACGAUACGGUGAUUGUAAUUCGUAGCUUAGUUCCAGGUGGAGUUGCUCAAAUUGAUGGUCGUCUUAUACCGGGCGAUCGUUUAUUGUUUGUUAAUGAUACGGUCCUAGAGAAUGCUAGUUUAGAUCAAGCAGUACAAGCGCUUAAAGGUGCUCCACGUGGAGUUGUACGAAUCGGUGUUGCUAAACCAUUACCGGUUCCGGAUACAUUGACGCAAGCGCAACAAAUGUCUACAUCUACACUACCAGCAAAUCAUGUUGUCAAUGUUAAUGAUGUGACAUCUUUGACAUCACCUCUUCCAUUGACAUCAUUGACUCAUUAGUCUGUUAUUAGUUUGUGGAAUGCUGUCUUUGAUUUGAAAUCUUUGUCCAAUCAAAAUUCAAGAUAUUAAAUGCUCUUCACCUACCACACCCCCCCCCCCCCCACUUUAUUUUAGUUUUUUAUAUAUUCUGGUCUGGUCUGGUAUGGUAUCUUGAGAACCAAUCAUCAACUGACCACAAUCACCAACAUUUGUACAUUCAUUUGUUAAAAAGGGAAUGACAAGACAUCUUAGUCCAUUGCUCCCAAAAUAUCUUAGCCCAAAGAUGAAAAUCCAAUUCAUUUCACAAAUAAAUCUAAAGAAUCAGCCAAAAGUUUUAUCAAUGAGUUAGGAAUUAGUCAAGCUUUAUGAAUGAGUUGGGAUUAAAGUAGUUGAUUUUUGGGGAAACUCUGUUUUACUACAUCAAAAAGUACAGUUUUCUAAUUGGAUCUUGAAGUGUAACAUCCUCUCCUAUAAUAAAAAAAAAACUUUUGGAUAGGUCAUUACUUAUUGAUUGGACAAAUAUUGUGAAAAUAGAAUGUUUCCACAAAAUCAAUUUAAUUCAAUCGAAAUAAUCAAUAAUCAGUCAUCUUUAGGUGUUGGAAUUUAAAAAAAUGAAUAUCAUAGAUUUGUUCAAAGGGGACAGAGAACAGAGAACAGAGAACAGAAAACUAUUAAAAUUUAAUUGUACAGGGUGUUUAAAACACUCUAUUAUUGUAGAUACACAAAAAAUGUAAGGCAUGGGUUCAGAUUUUAAGUACAACUUUAAAAAAACAAUUGCAAUAAUAUUUAAAAAAUUUCUUAAUGUGUUCGAACUACAAUCCUAUUUUAUGGCAGCCUUUAUGCACCGAUUUAUGAGAGGCAGAUGCACAAAUAGUUACGUCCAAAUUUAUAGACUUUCGUCGAUAAAUACCAGUUCAGGAAUUUUGAAAUUGAUCCCGUGUCCUGUUAAAUAAGAGCGUCGAAUUAAAUAAGAUUGUUACUAGUUACUGGUCACUGAUCACAGAUCACUAGACCAGUUUUAAAGUUAGGAAUGCAGAAGCUGCUCAAAUAGUAAUAGAUAUUUUGUUUCUUCCACAAAUGGCAAUAAUAGAUAGCUUAGCUUAGUUUAGCUUAGCUUAGUUUAGCUUAGCUUAGCUUAUACCUCAAGGUUUUUUGACCUACACCACAUCACAUCACAAUUGUUCAUUUUUAACGCUUGCUCAAUAGAUUUAAUAUUUUCUGCAUUUCCUAAGAAAAAGCUUAAGCUAACAAAUGAAGUGGGGGGAUACGGAUACAAUUAAAUAUCAACAAGAAUUGACUGGCGAUGGUUUGAGCUCGAAUGGUUUGACCAUAUCGGACUCUGACAUUGGUCUGGGUUAAACCCGAAAACACAUAAAAUCCGAAGUACGUGUUGACAUCAAAUGGGUAUAGGUGAUCGGUUCAAUUCAUACUGAUUGGUCACAUCGUCACGUAACAAUUUUAAUGGUAACUCAUGCAAAUUAAAUUUGAACGUAAAGUUUUUUUUGUAAUAGUUUUUGGAUUUGCUAUUAAUUGACAAACAAAAAUUUACAAAAUUCUUUAACAUUAGGCAGUACAGUGUACAGUGUACAGUGUCUUCUUCAUAUUCUUUGGAAUCGUGAAUCGUGAAUAAAAUCGAUUCCAAAAAAAAAACCUCAUGAAUUACACAUACAUUCCAAAAUAAAACAAAACAAAACAAAAAUACAAAUUUUAAUCACUUUUAUUAAAUCUACGUUUCGAAAUCGGUGUUCCUUAUUCGUAUUUCGUAGAAAAACUUCCAAUAUACGCUUAUCGUGUACUUAACAAAUUUUAUGGUUCGAAUUGAGAUAACUCAUUCAGUGGCGAAUUUAAGCAAUCGAAAAAGGUGCAGUUGCUCCCCCUAGCAUGGUCCUUAUUUCAUCUAUGUGUGUGGUUGUGUGUGUGACAUUUCAAUUUGAUCUUGUCUUGUGAGUGCAAAUUAAAUCAUUAGGGGCUUAUUUGGUGGCUUUGGUAACUAGAACACUAUUCAAAAUAAUUGUUAUUCGAAGAAAAAUAAAAGGCCGGUAGUGUCAAAAGAUCAAAAUCAAUUUUUAGCGUAAAAAAUGAAGCGUUUUAUAGGAAUUGAAUAUUUUUCUUAAAUCCGCCACUGAAAACACUACAAAUUAAAAAAAUGUAUAAAGCAAUAACAACAAUUUUUUAUAAAUUUUUUAAAAUCAUUUUUCAAUAUUUAAAUUAAAUCGAUCGGAUUUUAUUAAAAAAAUCAGGUCACUAAUUUCAAACAAACAAUAGUUGUUAUUCUUAACAACAACACAGGCAGCAAUUCUCAAUUUUUUUUCCAUGGUUUUUGACUCUAGACAUGACUCUUCAUUUUCUGUAUGUUCGGGCUUCUAAAAAGAAGUUUAAAAUGUACAAAUAAAAUUCAUUAAUUCAUUCGCCAAUUUAGAGAGCCAAUCUUUCUUUUUUCAACAAACAAUUUUUGUGAUUCAUCACGAAUUCAAAGAUUCAUCCAAAUUGAUUCAUUUUUCUCAAUUACCGACCCCAAAGUUAUUUUCUGAGUGAAGAAUAAGUUGUCUAAAUAUUAGUAUUUUUCAUUUUCGCGUUCUAUUUUACUAUUCUUAUAAUAAAUAUAAUAAAUAUAAUUUUAUUCAGUAUUGACAACAUUUUCCGAACAUUCUGAAAAUUGUAAGGGAGUUUUCAUUUAAAAUGAUAGAACUUUAAACUUUAAUUAAACAACUUGUGAAUGAAAUUUUUAAUUGAAGGAGUAUUUAAGACACAGCUUCGAUCAAACAAGGGGUUUAUACAUUCGGUUUAAUAUCAUAGAUGGCAUUUUUUGUGCUUACUUUUAAGGGCUUAAAAUGUUUGAAGUUAUACUACUUUAGGCGCCUUAUGAACAAAUGAUGAGAGUGCAUUUUUAUGAUACACCACACGAGCAAAAACUAUGAAGUUAGUUGAUAAAACGAAUUGUCACUCAUAAGAGACAAGGAUGGAUAGAUAAUGGAUGUAUGAAGUGUGAUUUAUGAACACAAUCGAUAAAUAAUAGGUGUUUUAAAAUAUUAUUUAUAAAUUAUUAUAUUUGUUAUGAUAAAUAUUAAAGAAAUAUAAGUUGUAAGGUGCGCGCGUUACAAUACACACAUCCUUUUGUUGUUUUUUAAGUUAUUUAAUUUAAGUUUAAAGUUCAAGAUCAUUUUGAAUCGAAUGGAAUGGAUGGAUAUCUUGGAUGUCAAAUCAAAUGUCUAGUUCGAGUCAGAGUCAGAGUCAGAAUCAACUUAGAAUUUAAUAAAACUUUCACCUAAAAUAAAAUCUUCCUUCCAUAAUUUAGAAUAUA